ACCGACCGCACACACACACGCUCGCACACAAUAUACAAUUAAAAUAAGUUGCAAACACUCAACCAACGUUUUCUAUCUUUUUAUUUUCAUUUGCCAGUUGUCUUAUACUUGAGGUAAUUACAUUGCACAUGCACACGUCUCAUACGUCGUUGUAUUUUUCUAUGAUAUUACUAUUUACUUAAAGCGUGCACAUUUUUUCAUAUGCGUUUUUACGUUUUUUCCAUUUUUUGUUUUUGUUUUUUAACUGUGCAUGUUGGCCGCCAUCGCUUAAAGAUCUUGAACGUCGUAGUUUUUUAAAACAACGAACAUACACAUUAAUCGUAAACUUAAGAAUUUUUUUAAUUUUGAGACGCUGAUAGAAUACUCCAUAUAAAGGAUGGUAUCUGUACUCAAAUAAAGUAAAAUAAUAUAUACUUACAAUUAUGGAACACAAAGAUCAAAGAAAAUACAGUCAUCCAUACAAAAAUUAUAACUUAGGAAAUAGAUAUGGGACGAAAAAACCAGACAAUAUUAAGAACAAGUAUCAAGAAAAAAUAACAAAAAAACAUUUCGGAUUCAAACAUCUGGAAGAGUUGAGCAAUAAAGAAUCUUCGGAUAUUGUAUUUGUAAUAUGUAAUCAAUCUAACGGUUUUAUAGAUUUAUUUAAACAAAACAAAGAUCCAGAUUGGUUAUUUUUACUUAUGAAGAUUACUGCAAAGAUUUGCAAUACCGAUUUUUUCGUGAGCAAGCAGUCUAUAUUAACUGAAAUAUGUUGGAACUCAAUAUUUAUUGAUCAUUUGAAGUCAUACAUUAUCACUACUCCAACAGAAAAAAACAAAAAUCGGCAGUCGAAUCUUGAAGCGUUUUUUGAUGAUUGUCUUACAGUCUGCCAGUCUAUUACAGAUUUAUUUCUAAAAACAGCUACUGAAAGCUUAAACAACUUAAUUAUUUGUUUAAGAAUGGCAUUGUCAGACAUAAAAAUCAACUGCCUUGAUAUUAAAAUGAAUGACGUCAUGUUAUUGGCUAAAAUCACAAAAAUAUUAAAUCGAUUUGCAAGUAUAAAAUUGGACAAUGACACGAAAAAUGACAAUAAAAACGAACUUCAAAACGCUACACCACCCGAAGAUUUUCGAGUACUGUCUGUUUAUCCUACACCAUUUGAUAUGAAAUACCAAAGACCUUUUAUACGUCCUAACAUCACAAAAGGAACUUACCAGAGUGUAGAACAUUAUUUAGAUGUACAAUUUCGUCUUUUACGUGAAGAUUUUAUUGCACCGCUUCGCGAUGGGAUUAAGUGCUAUAUAGAAAAUAAUACAAAUCGUAGUGAAGGACGGAAACGAAUUAAUAACAUUCGGGUAUAUCGAAAUAUUCAAUUCAAUAAAGAAAAAGUGUUUGUACAAGAUAAAUUGGGAUAUAUAAUAAAUUUCAAUAAAAACAAAAAAUUGAAAAUCAACUGGGAUAUUUCUAAACGGUUAAUGUAUGGGUCAUUAUUGUUAUUUACUGCAAAUGAAUUCAAUGACUUUUUUAUCGGUAUUGUAUUGGACCGCGAUAAAAGAUAUUUGGAAAAUGGUCAAUUAAUUGUAGAAUUGAUUGAAGACGUACAGCCAGACAUCCUCGCGUCUUCAUUGACUAUGGCCGAGAGCGAAGUGUAUUUUGAACCUUACAAAUGUGCCAUGCAAGUUUUGCAGAACUUAAACGAUAGUAAUUUUCCGAUGGAAAAAUAUAUUAUUUCAGCAUGCAAUAAAAUCGAAAACCCUAAUUACUUAAAAUCUUUACCUGUAAAAAUGUUUAAAAUCAAUGAUGAGUUACCAUUUAAUGUUUUAAACGAUUGUGAAUGGCCUACACGAGAAAAAAUUGGACUAGACGAAAUGCAAUAUAAAGCAUUCAAAGCAGCGUUAACGAAUGAAUUGGCGGUCAUACAAGGUCCACCUGGCACAGGGAAGACAUUUAUUGGAUUGAUGAUAAUCGAAACCAUUAUUCAAAAUUUGUACCAAAAAAAUGAAUUAAAAAAUCCCAUAAUAGUUGUAUGCUAUACUAAUCACGCCUUAGAUCAAUUUAUGGAAGGUAUAAUAAAAUUCACAAACAACGUCGUUAGAAUUGGUGGUCAGACAAAAUCUAGUAUAGUAAAAGAUUAUACUUUAAAGAAUGUAACAAAAAACUAUAGGAAAUCAUUCAAUGUAUUUAAAACCAUUAAGAGUGCGACCGAAAUAAUUAAAAAUAUAGAACACGAAAUAACGUAUCUUAAAAAUUGUAAAGAAUUUAUUUCUCAGAAUGCUGGUAUUUUAGAAUUAUCCUUAUUAAAAAAUGGAAUGCCAAUAGAAUAUCAAAAUUUCUUUUCGGGCCAAUUAAAAUAUAUUAGUUGGCUAUUUUGUGAUUGCAAUUACUUUGACUUUGAUCCAAUUCAAUUUAUUCAGGACCAACAGAUUUUUUCUGAAAGAUUUUACUCUGAUAACAAUUUAUAUGUUAAAAAUAUUAAUGAAAUAGAUGAUGACAUUUUACACUAUGAAAAUGAAGAUCCGGACAUAGUUUUCAAACGCCAGGAUAUUGUUAUUUACAGCCUUACUUUAAAAUCUGUAAAAGAUAUCUGUGAUAAAAUUAUUGAAAUGCUAAAUAACCUAAAACCAAAAAGAAUGAAACAUCGGUAUAAUAAUCGUUAUUACUCUAAUGAUUAUAAUAAAAAUUACGAACAAUUAGAAACAAUUUGUUAUAGAAUGGAAAGAAUACACAAUUAUGUUAAUCAUAUGUUAAAAUUAGAUGAUUGUAAAAUUAAUUCUGAUGUCUUGAAUACGAUUCCGGAAGAUCUUUUAAAACUAAAAAUGAAAGAUAGAUGGUUAUUAUAUUUUCACUGGGUGGAUACUACUAAAAAUGUAUUUGAUUUCAAAAUAUUAAAUCUUGAAAAAAACUAUUAUAAUCAGCACAAACAAUAUUCAGAAUUGAAGGAAAUGGAAAAUAUUGAAAUCUUGAGAAGGAAACACGUUGUUGCAAUGACUACUACUGGAGCAUCUAAGCAUAGAGUUUUACUCGAAGGACUGCAAUCACCAAUUGUGGUUGUUGAAGAAGCAGCAGAAGUAUUAGAGGCACACAUAAUCGCAUCACUAACUAGACAUUGUCAACAUUUAAUACUUAUAGGUGAUCAUAAACAGUUACGUCCUAGUACUGCAGUCUAUAAACUGGCAAAGGAAUUUCACUUAGAUAUUUCUUUGUUUGAACGUAUGGUCAACAGUGAUGUGCCAUACUACCCAUUAGGUGAACAGCAUAGAAUGCGACCUGAAGUGUCGUCCAUAAUAACGCCAGCUAUUUAUCCCAACCUGUUAGACCACAUUUCAGUACUCAAUAGACCGCAUAUACGUGGUGUCACUAAAGAUAUUUUUUUUAUCAACCAUACUAACUUCGAAACUGAGGUCGAGGAAAUAUCAAGCAAGAGUAAUGAUCACGAAGCGUCCUUUUUAAUUAUGUUUGCUAGACAUUUAAUAUUACAAGACUAUAGGCCCGAUCAAGUAACGAUUUUGACUACCUAUAGUGGACAAAUGUUUAAACUACGUUCUUUACAAAAACAAUACUCGAAUUUAAAUGGUAUGAAAAUUCAAGUUGUUGAUAACUAUCAAGGGGAAGAAAGUGAUAUUAUAUUGCUGUCGUUAGUUAGAAGUAAUGAAAGCGGUAAAGUGGGUUUUUUGAAAACCGAAAAUAGAAUAUGUGUUGCCCUAUCUAGAGCUAGGGAUGGUUUAUAUAUAAUGGGAAAUAUGGAAAACCUAUACAACUCAAAUAAUUUAUGGAAAAAAAUAAAACAAAAGUUAGUCGAUCAAGAUUCGUAUGGCAAUGAAUUAACUUUAAAAUGUGAAAUUCACCGUGAAUCUAUGACAAAAGUCUCGAAGUGUGAGGAUUUUAAACCAAUUUCAGAAGGUGGUUGUACUAUGUUAUGCAAUGAUCUAAUGAAAUGUGGUCAUUACUGUUCAAGUACAUGUCAUGUUUAUGAUCGUGAACACAGAAAAAUCAUAACAUGUCAAAAUCCGUGUAAUAGGACUUGUGAAAAUAAUCAUCCUUGUGAGAAACAGUGUGCUGCAGACUGUGGAGAUUGCAUCGUGCCUAUGCUUAAGAUACUACCAUGUGGUCAUCAAGCAGAACUACCUUGUCAUGUUGACUCUAAUAAAUUUAAAUGCGUAGAAAAGAUUGAAAUAACAUUGAAAAAUUGUGGGCAUAAAACAAUUAAAAACUGUUACGAGAAAAGACCUAAGUGUACAACUAAAUGCACUGAUCGAUUACCAUGUGGACAUGCGUGUAACAUUGAUUGUCAUAAAGAUGAUGAUCCGACACAUGAAAGAUAUUUAUGCUCGAAACCAUGUUCAAAACUAAAUAUAAACUGUUCUCAAGAUCAUAAAUGUAUGAAAAAAUGUUACGAAAGAUGUUCAAAUUGUACAAUAAAAGUUGACAAAUUACUAGAAUGCGGCCAUUUAAAAAAGAGUGUAAAUUGUAGCGAUGACAUCAAAAGCAUCCAGUGCUCGAAACAUCUCCCGUGUAAUCGCAUAUUAGGAUGUGGUCACAAGUGUCAAAAAAUGUGUUAUAAGAAAUGCCAGUGCAAAGUUAUGAUCACAAAAACACUCCAAGAAUGCGGACAUACAAGUAAAAUAGAAUGCCAAAUAAAUCCCGAAAGAAAAGUUAUUUGUCUUAAUAAGUGCACACGAACAAUGAGUUGUGGACAUAAAUGCAAGUACAUGUGUGGAAGUGAAUGCGAUCCUAAAAAAUGUAAAGAACUGAUAGUGAAAGAGGGAAAGCUCGCAUGCGGUCACAGUAAAAUGUUGGUUUAUUGUUGCGACGCGGAUAAAGACUUUGAUGUUAGUAGUCAGUAUGUCCUCGACAAAUGCAAUGAACCUUGUUUGAAGUUGUUAUUAUGCGGUGAUAUAUGUUCUGGUACUUGUGGAAAAUGUAAACAAGGUCGACUGCACGUACCGUGUGAAGAAAUGUGUAACAAAAUCAAUCCUUGCAAUCACACAUGCAAUUAUCCAUGCAAAGAAGCGUGUCCUCCGUGCGAAAAAAAAUGUUCUUACUCUUGUACGCAUUCUAAAUGUCCACUCCCGUGUAGUGCCCCAUGUGUAUCAUGUCAGGAACCAUGUGUUUGGAAGUGUAAACAUUUUAAGUGUACCAAAGUAUGCAGCGAUGAUUGUAAUCGACCGCCUUGCUACGAACCGUGUCCAAAGAAAUUGAAAUGCAAACACAAGUGCAUUGGAUUUUGUGGCGAAACAUGCCCUCCUCUUUGUCGCGUAUGUGAUGAGGCCGAAUUAACAAAUAUUUUGUUUGGAUAUGAAGACGAACCAAACGCAAGGUUUGUUUACUUGGAAGACUGUAAACAUACGAUCGAGUCCAGAGGUCUGGAACAGUGGAUAAAUCAAAACAACGAAGAGAUAGUCCAGAAACAGUGUCCCAUGUGCAAGAUGCCUAUUCUGAAAACAAUGAGAUUUAAGAACCACGUGAAAUCUGUGCAGAAAGACAUCUGCGAGAUUGAGACCAAACUGUUAGACGGACGCAAUCAGUCAUCCGUCAACCAGAAGAAGGAAACUCUAGCGCGAUCAGUGAAGAAAUUGAAUUGUCGGUUCGAUAAAAUCGAGACGAUGAGCACGCGGUUCGCGGUCGUGAAAAAAUUGUGGUCUAACUCGUCAGACCGACUGUUGCAACGCAUGCGCAGAAUCACGUUGGGUGACGAGACCCCCGUCAACCUCGACUCGUGGACGUCUGCCACCGGACUGGCUGAAUCAUUUUUUGCUUUCGAGAAGCGUAUCCGGAACAUGACCAACUGUGACACGAAAGACGUCGUGAUCGACCACUUUAUUUGGCUAAUGACCGAAACAGUGAUUCACGCGGCUCGUCUGUCCAAGCAACAGACGGCCGACAUCAACUUGGAAAUAGCGCGCGGCGCCCGUCUUGUAGCUCUGGCCGAGAUGAAGACCAAUCCCGAUUUCCGAUUGGCCGUCAUCAACCAGGCCUCCACAUCGUCCACGUCGUCCACAGCCCCGGAGACCGUCGUCGAUUUGGUUGCGGGCGUGGAGGCCCUGUUGACGGCCACCGGACCGUAUCGCCGGGACGCGGACAGCGAAGUGCAACGGCUCACCGAUCGGAUACGGACGGUCGUUAAGAGUCUGGUGGUGGUGACGGACACCGAACGGAAGAUGAUUCACGCGGCCAUGUCUGUGGACUUCUACAAGCACGGGAGGGCGCAAGGCCACUGGCUUAAGUGCGCCAAUGGCCACAUCUACUGCGUGACCGAGUGCGGCGGACCGAUGCAGCGGGCCAAGUGUCCGGUGUGCAAGAAGGACAUCGGUGGCGACAAUCACAGGUACGUCGAGGGUACGACGGUGGCUACGGAGAUGGACGGCGCUACACAUUUCGCAUGGAGCGCCACCAACAACAUGAACGAUUUUGUCUUCGAUUAAUCGAACAAAGUUUUUUUUCUCACAUAUAUGCCUAUAAUAAUACUUAAGUUUUUAUAAUUAAUUAUGUAUCAUAAUAUAUACAUUUCAAACAAGCUUGUGGUAAAUACAAUAACACAAUAUGUUACUAUGAAUAUUUAUAUACCCGUAUUGUACGCUUAUACUAUUUUACUUUAUACAAUUUCAUUAAAUAAAUCAAUUAUUACGUAUUAACGAAGUUUGAAACAAUAAUAAAUAUA